AGUUUGUGGGCUUAUUCUAGCACAGAAUACCCUUUUCUUGCACUGGAUUGUGCUGAAACUUUUGCUCCUGAUUGACUGAGCAGGAAAAAAAAGAGGAUGGCAGGAGCAGGAACAUCUGAAAGUGACUGUCAUCUCGAUGAAGUCGAAUUUUCAAUAAAGAGGAAACUUGAGGGACUAUCGCCACUAUCCGACUGCUGCAUCUUCACCGUUCCGGAGAGGCUCCGGCAAACAAACGAAAAGGCCUACACGCCCUGCAUCGUUGCGAUUGGACCUUAUCACCAUCUCAAUUCAAGCCUCAUGCCGAUGGAAAAUCACAAGCUGCUUUACUUGCAGAACUUCCUCCUGUACAACCAGAAUUACCGUCUCAAGGAGUACAUUCAGAGGGUCAAGUCCUGGGAGAAUGAUGCCCGGAACUCCUACGAUAAGAAGAUCAACCUUGACUCCAACAAGUUUGCCGAGAUGAUCCUCCUCGAUGGCAUCUUCGUGAUCCAGCUCUUCCUGAUGAAGCAGAACAAUGGUUUCAGGCUGCCCAAUGAUCAGAUCUUCGGCAAGCCGUGGAUGUUGACUGAUAUCCGCAGCGACAUGGCACUGCUGGAGAACCAGAUGCCAUUUUUCAUCGUCCAGAAGCUGUUUUAUAUGGCGUUUGGACCGCACCACAGUCCUACGCUGCUUCAACUCGUGUGGUCGUUCUUCGAGCUAACUACGGAGAUGGGGCAUUUGCCGUGGUGGGUGGUAGAGUCAGAGGUGAAGCACUUCCUCGACGUGAUCAGGCUCUCGUUCUUGCCAUCGGUGAGGAUGACACCAAAUGAGAGCCAAGUGAAGACAGAGUUCACCCAGAGUGCGACCGAGCUGGUGAAGGCCGGAGUGAAGCUGAGAAGAGGUAAGAGCAACUGCUUGUUCGAUAUUGAGUUCAAGAACGGAGUGCUCAACAUCCCGGAACUGAAACUUUUUGAUAUUACGGAAUCCUAUUUUCGGAACAUUAUUGCCUUCGAGCAAUGUUACCACUACAACGACAGGUAUUUGAUUGACUACCUGGCAUUUAUGGAUUCCCUGGUCGAUACCCAGUAUGAUGCAAAGUUGCUGAUUGAAGAGAGAAUCAUCAACAACUGGCUCAGCAAUAAAAAAGCUGUCGCAGACCUAAUCAACUCCUUAUGCGAGAAAGUUACCCUGUCAAAACCAGGAUACUACUUCAACAACCUCAGCAUCGACCUCAACAACCAUUGCAAAAAGUCUUGUAACAAGUGGAAGGCGACGUUCAAGCAUGAGUACUGCAGUAACCCGUGGGCGGUCAUCUCGGUUAUUGCUGCAGUGGUGUUGCUUUUACUGACUGCAGCACAGACUGUGUGCUCAGUCAUCUCUCUCUAAUAACCUUGCUUUUUCAAAUGGUAAAUUGCCACUGCAAUUCUCUAAAUUUCUAUUGAAUGAUGUGUGAUCAGCGGCCACUCCCUAUUGGAAUCGCAGAACAUCGAUUUAUAUA